UCAGACUGUGCGCACUGCUGACCUCCCCGCGCACACACGCACACACACAACCACACACACGCACGCACACUAUCACACAGCACAGGAUUUGUCAUCGUCACUCCUGAGGAUUUCUUGCCUGUUUGGGUUUUCGUUUCUUUGCCGGGAAACGCAGAGGUUGACAUCUGCAACAGUUUUUUCUUACUUACAGGACACGAGUGGGGAGCCAGCAUGCUGUCCUCCCUGAAGACCCUGCUGCUGCUCUCGGUCCUGUGCGCACCGACCUCCAGCCUGUGCCUGCGCCUCUACCACAGCCGCUCCGACCUCCUGUGCACCAACCAGCUAGAGGAGCCGGGCUACUCCCCCGUAGAGGACUGGGGGUCCCUGCUGCAGUCCGCGGAGUACCUCUCCUCCUCCUCCUCCACCUCCUCAUCCUCUUCAUCCUCCUCUGGCGAGUCCGGCCGCGGCAAGAGGACCUCGAGUCCCGCAAACUACCGCUUCGUGAGCCGGACCAAGCUCAGGGGGCAGAUGCUCCGCAACAGCAGCAAAGGGGACCGCAGGAGCAGACUGACCCUGUCCCUGGACGUCCCAACCAACAUCAUGAACGUCCUGUUCGACGUGGCCAAGGCCAAGAACCUGCGCGCCAAGGCGGCCGAGAACGCGCGUCUCCUGGCGCAGAUAGGACGGAGAAAGUGACCGUGAAGGACACAAGUUUGAUUCUAACAUGACCAGUGUGCGCAUCGUUACUCUGCUGUAAUCGAUUACUUCUUAUUCACUUUUUAGUGUAAUUGUAUUGGUCGGAUUCUGCGGGGCAAUGGUAGAUUACAUAUUUCUCACAUUCCAGGUAAAAUAAGUAUUUCUUAUGUCGCGAUUACUGAAAGUUCCAAAUCACAUUAAAGGUAUUCUUCAUCUUUUUUUUUGUUGCUCCAAUCCAGAAUAGGGACAAUAAUAGUAAUAAUAAUAACAAUGAUAGGGGAUCUAUUAUAACAGAUUAGACCUUGGGACUAAAAGUUUGAUGAUGAUUCAAGAUUCAAACUAUAACAUAUAUACAAACUUUAUGAAAAGUUGAUUAGUCGAUAUUCUUUGCUGCAAAUUUCCAAAACUAUUUAUACUGAACUUAUAUUUUUUUAUGUUUUAUUUGUGUUAUAAGAAAAUCCACUUUUUUCCAUUUUCAGUAUCUUGAGUCAAGACAGAAUAAGAUCAAGAGCAACGAGGUCAUAUCUGGAUGAAGAUGAUAAAGAUGAUUUCUGCGGAGAAAAUAUUAGAGACGUGCAGAUUCUCUCACUCUGCAGCAGACAGCUUUCAAUUCUGCAGAGAGGAUUUCAUAUUAUUAUUAUUAUUAUUAAUAUUAUUAUUGUUAUUAUAGCGGUAUAUGAUAAACCUUGGACUAAAACACAAGAGCAAGAUAUCACCUGCUUUUAUUUUCCUUUUGCAAAUGACCAAUGUUGCAUAAUCAUAACAUUACAUUUAGGAGGAUUACAUGUUUUUUCUCUUUUCUGCCUCGUACCUGAUCAUUUGUUGAUCA